CUUGCUCAGUCACUAACGAAAGCGCCAAGCGGCCGCAACGCAAGCAGAGAGCUCUCCUACAAACGGCUAACGGUACUGUGAGUGGAUGUGAAUCGUUUCGUUUCGUUUCGUUUCAUCUCCGUCUCCGUCUCGCGUUUUUCUUUUCGGCUAUCCACCGAUUACUAUUUUUUGUUGUUGUUGCUGUUUCAUUGAUCGUCUCGUCGCAGCAUCCAAUCUACCAAUAUCGUGCACCUGUGUGAGGUGUGUGUGUGUCUUUUUUUUGUGUUUGUGUGUGCGUUGUAGUGAAAUGGAAUUUGUUGAAUGUUAAUUGCACGCAGCAGGCUGCCGGCAAACCACCAGCAACAGCAUUAGCACCAGCACCAGCACCAGCACCAGCCGAAGCUCAGCAGGAGAAAAUCGUUGAUAAAUAGACAAUAACACAAAACAAAGGCCAGAGACGCCGCUUCAAUUAGCCUUGUCGAUGACCCAGUGACACGCUCAUCAGCAGCCUUAGCCCAAGCCCAGCAUCCUUAGCGCGCGAAGAGCCCGAGAGAGCAGAGAUGACAGAGACAAGCAGCCAGCAGGUGGGAGGCUCUGGCCCGGUCGCUGAUUUCAAUGGCCGCCACUCGGCCUCGCCGGCACGCACCAUUGACUCGCACGACUCCACCACGGGCAGCAUGGACACCAUUGUGGAUCGCAGCCUGAACCGCGAGGAGCUGCUGCAGGUGGCCAGCAGCAACAUCGAGCAGAGCACCAACACCAGCAACAGCCACAUGGGGGCAAGCGGCAGCUUGACCAACUCACAGAUUGGCAUUCUGCAGCGAGAACAGCAGCAGCAGCAGCAGCAGGAGCAGGAGCAGGCACGACAGGAUGCCCAGAGUCACAUCUAUUCAAGCCCCGUGUACGAUGAGAAGCCGCAGCCAUUGAAGCUGUCGGGCGCCUCGCUGCUCGCCGCUGCCAUGGAUAUGGAUGCGGCCCAGGCCAAGACCAACAGCCAGAGCCUGGACGAGGCCAAGAAGCCGAAACUCAUUUCGCAUCAGGAAUUCAAGCAGCAGCUGGAGGAGGCCAUGGCCACGCGACAUCCGUCGGCCAAUCAGGCGGCAACUCUCAACGCCAACACCAUCGAUUCGCGGAUCAGCAAGAAGCAGCGCUGCCCGCCGGAGUUCAUCAAGUACAAGGGUGGGUCCGGGGGCAGCGAUGGCGGCGGCAGUGCCAGCUCCACGCUGUCGGCAAAGGCGCGACGCAAGCGACGGGCAAGCAAUGAAUGCUGCUCGGCCUUCCCGCUCCAGAUCGUGCUCGGAACGUUGCAGCUCGUUCUGGCCAUCUCCCUGGUGGCGCUUGGCUCGCUGCUGAUUGUGCGCGAGGCGGCCCUGUCGAUGGCCGGCUGUGGCGUCUGGACGGGCCUGAUUGCGGCCGUCACUGGAUCCCUGGGCGUGGUCAGCAUGCGGAAGACGCAGACGGCAUUUCUGGCUCUCAGUUUGGUCUGCAUUGCCAGCAGCACGCUGGCGCUGGCCAUUUCGGGCGUGGGCCUCUCGCGGGAUCUCAACCGCAUGGCCGAGCAGAAGGGCGAGCAGUUCGACCUGAUGAAUGCCAAUAGUGAAGUUUCCGCUGCCUGUGGCUUGAUAUUCACCUUGUUUUUACACUUUGUGGUCAGCAUUGUGUCUGUCUACCGUUGUGCCUUGCAGAUUUGCACCAAAUCGGAGCACAGUGAGCUACGCGACGUAAUCAUCAAGUCGAAGGCCUCGGGCAUAGCCCUGGAUCAACAAAAGGUGGACCAGUACAUCAAGGCCAUGUCCCUCAAUGGCAGUGAAAAGGCCAACACCGAGAAGCUGGCGGCCAUGUGGAUGUAUGCCACGCAGAUGGGUAGUCUGCCGCCUCCUUCGGUGCGCAAGCUGACGCCUCCCUCCCGUCCCAUAAUGCUCAUUCCCUCCGCCGCUGGAAGUGGCCUGCCACCGCCGCCGCCAACACGCCUGCCCCCACCACCACCUGGCACUGGAGCGGGUCUGCUGUUGCCGGUGCCUCCGCUGGCGGGGCACUAUCGGGGCAUGACGCUGCCGUACAUGCGACCUGGACCCGGUGGUUCCGUGAUCUACGCCCAUCCGGCCAGCCUGAGCGGCACCUACCGCACCCACAAGAGCACCAAGUCCGCGGAGCUGAAUGGCCAGCGCAGGCGCCGCCGGGCAGGCAAAUCGGAUGCCAAUCGCCGCCAGCGACGCAAGUCCGAGGCGGAUGUGCUCGAGGGAUCGGCCAACUUUCAGUACACGGGCCUCGAUCGGGCCAUAGCUGACAGCUUUCUGGCCCGCCAGGAGCAGUCACAGGCCGGCAGUCACAUCGAUUACUCCUCGUCGGCGUCCUCGGAACUGUACGGUGGCGGGCAGCGCGCCUCCUCCAAGACGAAGAUUGUCUGUCGCGAUGUGGUGAUGUGAGGGGAGUCCCCUCCUCUAUCUUCUUUGUACAUAUAUGCGUAGUCGCUGGCCGAGGAAGGAGCCGCCUGCCUUCAGCGCUAAAAAGUUUUCAUUUGGAACUUUCCAUUAACAAACUUUUGUCCCCUUUCCCGUUCCCGUAUUAGCGUUAAGCACUUCAUCUUUAUAUACAUA